GGGACUUAAGUGAGAGACAACUUUUAUUUCUUAUAUGUUUUUGACCCCGUGCAUGCAGAAACCACCGUGCUAUGCUCAAAGGAAUUACAUCUAAAGGAACGUCACGGCUCUUUGCAUUUCACGGUGUUUGGGUUUUGACUUUUUGUCUUCAUCAGGAUAAAUUGUGUUAUUGUUUUCCUCUUUUUUUUUUUUUUUCUUUUUUUUUGUAAACCGACUCGUACUAUAAGAUCAAAAACAUCAUUUAACCUAUUUAUUUGAAACACCUGUCCUCAUUGCAGUUAAGCAAAUUCAGGACACCUGCUUUUACUAAUAUUUGUAGCCUUGUUUUCUUGUAAUAUUUGGCUUUUCCUGCGUGAAAUAUAUAAAUAUUUAGGCCCAUAUUAGUCUACAUAGCAGGAUUACCCCACUGUUUUUUUUUUUUUUUUUUUUUUUUUAAGGGGUUGCGGCUUUUUUGUUGAAUUUUUAUGUUUUAUAUUUUAUAAUUUAAAAAAAACAAACAAACAAACAAAACAAAGUAUGAAGCAUUUGCAAUUUGUGCUCGUCCUGGCCAUCGCCGUCAACGUGUGGGAAUGUGGAGACGCAAAAUUCGGCGAGAGGGGAGAAAUUAGCCCCAGGAGGAGAAGAUGUUACGACGGAAGCUUGCCCAAGCGGCUGAAGAAAAGGGAGAGAAAAGUGUUGCUUGACGGCAGCAGCAGCGGAGAAGUUUGCCACAGGUUGUAUCCCCGUGUGUCCUGCUGUCCCACCAGGAGAGCCGCCUAUCAGAUCUUGCACCGCAGGGAUGCCAGGGUAGAUUUUCCUACCAAUAACACCGAAUGUGGACGUCUCCUGGAGGAGAUCAAGUGUGCAUCGCUGCUCCCCCAAUGCCCAGGGUGUUGUUCCACUCCUCGGACAUGGCAAAGAUGCCACACAGGGAGCCCAGACCUGCCGCGACUCUGCCAAGAUUUCUGUCGUGAGUUCUACUACUGCAGGGGGCACAUAACAGAACUGUUCCAAGCCGAUGUGGAUGAGUUCUGCCAAUACUAUGGGAGGAGGGAUGCCAGUCUAUGCUUUCCAGAUUUUCAACGAAAACAACCUCAAGGGCAGGAUUCCAACUACUUGGGAGAUGAGAAAAUAGAAGAUAUCAGCAGGAAACACAAACACAACUGCUACUGUGCCCAGGAGGUGUUGAGUGGUCUGAGACAGCCGGUAGCCGUGGUGCACUGUGGGGAUGGAUCCCAGCGGCUCUUUGUCCUUGAGAGGGAGGGAAUUGUCAGGAUACUCACCCAUGAUCUUGUGCUGUUCAAAGAGCCCUUCCUAGAUAUCCACAAGCUGGUACAGAGUGGCCUAAAGGGUGGAGAUGAAAGGGGCCUGCUUAGCCUGGUAUUCCACCCCAAUUACAAGAAGAAUGGCAAGCUCUACGUGUCCUAUACCACCAACCAGGAGCGCUGGGCCAUCGGACCACACGACCACAUUCUCCGUGUGGUGGAAUACACUGUUUCGAGAAAAAACCCAAACCAGGUGGAAACCAGGACAGUGCGGGUGCUGAUGGAAGUGGCAGAGCUGCACAGGAAACACCUAGGUGGCCAGCUGCUGUUUGGCCCCGACGGUCUGUUGCACAUCAUUCUGGGAGACGGCAUGAUCACCCUGGAUGACAUGGAGGAGAUGGACGGACUCAGUGAUUUCACAGGGUCUGUCCUAAGGGUAGAUGUGGACACAGACUGCUGUUCAUCACCUUAUUCAAUACCGCUGAACAACCCCUACUUCAACAGCACCAACCAGCCACCUGAAAUUUUUGCUCAUGGAUUACAUGACCCAGGCAGGUGUGCGGUUGAUCGACUUCAGACAGACAAUGGGAGCCUCUUGUUACUCUGUACAGAUGCCAGCGGUAAAAACACCACAUCAGGAAGAAUACUGGAGAUUUCUAAGGGAAAAGAUUACGAAAAUGAGCCUUCAGUCUAUAACUUGCAGUCCAGUGGAGGAGCACCACCUGUAGGAGGCUUUAUCUAUAGGGGAUGCCAGUCUCGAAGACUCUAUGGCAGUUAUGUCUUUGGAGAUAAAAAUGGUAACCUGAGGAUUCUUCAGAAGUCAUCAUUGUCAGCAUCUGCAAGUGAUGACCAGUGGCAGGAGAAAGCUCUGUGUCUGGGCUCAGCUGGAUCCUGUGGCUCUACACUUGUUGGACAUAUUUUGGGUUUCGGAGAGGAUGAAUUGGGUGAAGUCUACGUACUGGCGAGCAGUAAAAGCAUGGCACAGUCACACAGUGGGAGACUCUACAAACUGGUGGACCCCAAAAGGCCUCACAACCCAAAGGAGUGCCAGCGUCAGGUGGAGCCACCAGAGCUGCUGAUGACAGCUUGUUCCAGGCACUGUAAGAACGGACACUGCACUCCUACUGGCAAGUGCUGCUGUAGCCCCGGCUGGGAGGGACCCUUCUGCCGAGUUGCCAAAUGUGAGCCAGGCUGCCGCAAUGGAGGAGUGUGUAUGGAGCCCAACAAGUGCCUGUGCAAGAGUGGCUACUCUGGAGAUCAGUGUGAGAAGAGUGAGCGGGGAAUGCCCAAUGACCAGGAGAAAGACGGCAUAUUGGACCACAUCAUUGACAUGACCUCGUACCUCCUAGACCUGACCAGCUACAUCGUAUAGGGGUGCGCAGAGGGGGCCCGCUCCCUGCUUUCACCCUCAAGUUGACACAAAUCUACCUACUACCACCAGCCGACUGUAAUGAGGUGUCUCUAAUAUGGCCUCUUAAUCUCCCUCACGCAUACACACUCACAGGAUCCCCAUCAGACUGCUUUCAUCCACAUAACCAUACCAAACUCCUCUUUCGCCUAUAAGCUACAUGCUCUUGAGCACCAGGCCUGGCAUCCAAGCCGUGUUCACAGUACAGAAAGACCUGCCAGCAGCAGCGAGAUGAUUGACAAGCAUGGCCAAGUUAUGGAAGUUCCACUAAGACAUUUCCUCACUCCAUCAGAAAACAACGCCCACACACGGCUGACUCAAUAAAAACUCCACUCCUGGUGAGCCACAGAGGACACUCCACAGGAACAGACCAUUUUAACUCUAGACUUUGAAUGUUUUCAGGGGCUAUCUGUUGCCUUACAUAUGUAAGACCACCCCAAAAGACCGCUGAGUUCGAUUUCAGUGGAGACCGUUGCUGAUUCUGGGGCUUUCUAAGGAUUCAGAAAUGUAAGAAGUGGUGUGUUUGAUGAGCUCAAGAUCCAUCCAUUCAUAAUAAAGAAAAAUAAAUGUCAGUAUACGCAGACUUUGAAGGAACACUCUGCAGCCUCAGUCAUACAGUAGGAGCUGAACAGCUACAACAAGCUAAGAAGCCUUUGUAAAUCAUGGGUCUUAUAGAGCCUGCAGUGUUUUGUGCUGUACUAUUCUAAAGGCACUAAAACAAGAGAGAUGUACCAUGGUGUCUCACUUAUGUUAUGUUUAGCCUGUGGGCACAUUGUCAUGAAAAGCUAACAGUAUACAGUAUGUAUACUUUUGAUUUAUUUUGCAACACUUGGUAUCAGUGUACAGAACAGGUCUACAGCAGACUGUUAUCGAUACAGAUAAGGAAGGACCGAGUGAGAACAUUGUACUUGUCAAAGCCAGUUUCAUACAAUCUGAAUGGAGUUAUUAGCUCCCAUGCACUGUAUUCAUUUUUGUUUCAUUCACUUUAUUAUUCGAAAUGAAUUUAAACAUGCAUUGAAACGCAAUGAGAGUAGUUUCACAUUCACAUACACCACACUAGCACAGGUAUGGUUUAACUCCUUUCAUUGCGUCACACACUGAAACUAAACCCGAACUUCAAACUACAAAGGGAAGAAAUAGCACGGUGAUGUAUAUUUCCAAUAGAGCUUACCUAAGUACUACUUAGCAUUGCAAAAAAAAAAAAAACUAUAGCAUUACUAUUGUUAUCAUAGAGGAGGGUUUAUUUUUUUAAGCUUAAUAAUAUAUGGGAGAGAAUGGUGUUUAUAGGAAGCAGUUUUACACUAAGCUUGUCAGUUCAUGUCAUUUCAUGUUUCUUGUUCUUAUACAUAUGCAGCUUUUUCCUCUGUUUCCUCCAAGACGUGUGAGGAUAAGUAUUGUUUUCUACUUUUCUUUUUUUUUUUUUUUCCGAGUAAUGCAUGUCUGUGCCUGCAUAAAGUAAUUUGGAGCAGUCGGUCGAGUCCAUUUAAUUCUUUUCCCUGACGCGUGGUUUCAUUACCGCUGUCAGAAACGUGUCUCUGCCAUCAGAUGAUCAAAGAUCCAGUCGGGUCCACCAAGUCUCUGUGGAAGCGCAUCACAGUCAGAGGCUGAUCUUAUCUUUGGAGAGCAGAUUUAAGGUUAACCUGAGGAUCUGGCUGAUGGAGAUAAGUCAGAAAUUGCAAAAGUCAGUGUUUGUCUCUAAUGAGCAUCUGACUCCACCAUGUACUCAGAAAACACUUAAAACACAGACUGGGAUUGUCUGGAGCCACAUUAAAUGGUACAUCUUUUUAGGAAGCCAGACUGAGAUUUGUACAGACGCAUGCCCAUAUUGAGAAAAACGAAAUUAUCAUAUUACCUUUUGCCAUUUCAAAUCCCAUAAAAGAGGUUUCAACAGGACCAUCAGUCAUUGUGUUCAACAGUUUGAAGCCAACCGUGUGCAACUCUGCAAGUUUAAGCAUCAGUGUCAGUAAAGAUGUAUUUGUUUUUCAUCUCCCACCUUGUGUUUGCUGAAAGAAAUCAACUCUACCUUGUCUAAUGAGUCAAAAAGGAAUUCAUGCUGUAAAAUGGAAAAUUAUACUUUUUUAGCACUUAAUGUGAAAGUUGCAUUGUAGCUGCUGAGACGGCGUGGUGUGAAUAGAAUAACCAUUUUCAUUAUUUAAGUAGUUACACAAAUAAAAUAAUUAUUUAAGUUCUCUAUGUUGUUUUUACCAUUGUACUGUAUGUGACAAUUUUUUUAUUCCUGUAUUGUAAAUAAAACUAGGGAUAACUUUGUUUCUCUUCAGAAAUAUCAAUAUGUCUAUUAAAAUUUAUAGCAUGUCUGAAA